CCGAAGUCAAGAUCUCUACUCAUGAAUAUCUAUUUCAACAAGAAAAAAACAAACCUCUUCCGGCUACCACAUCAAAGAAGAGUAUCGAGUUUUCAGAGAGAAUUUUCACUUGAAGAAAAGGAACAGCUUGCCAACCACAGAAGGGAUAUCGAUGCUACUCUUUUAACUGCACUUCCCAAAGUGGCAGAAUUAAGAAAACUCUUUGAGCCAAAGAAAAAAGAAGUUUUAGAAAUGAAGAGAAAAGAACGCAUUGCCAGACGCUUGGAAGGAAUUGAAAAUGAUUCGCAGCCCCUACUUUUGCAGAGCUGUACCGGCUUAGUUACCCACCGAUUACUAGAAGAAGACACUCCCAGAUAUACGCGAGCCACAGACCCUUAUAGCCCUCAUAUUGGUCGAUCCAAUGAAGAGGAGGAAACUUCAGAUUCUUCUGUAGAGAAGCAGCCUCGAUCCCGAUAUUGCGUAGAAACUACAGCCCUCAAUACAGACUCCUCCUAUAGUCCAGUGACCAUGGACACCCAGGGACUGGACUCCAAAGCUGAAAGAAUAGCCAGAUAUAAGGCCGAAAGGAGGAGACAGCUCGCUGAAAAAUAUGGACUGACCCUGGAUUCAGAUGCAGACUCUGAAUAUCUAUCACGUUACACUAAGACCAGAAAAGAUCAUGAUGUCGAGAGGAGAGGAGGCAAAAGUGAGAAACAGGAGGAGGAGAGCAAAGACUUGACUUAUCAUUAUUCUAGGAUUGAUACUGUGGAGCCCAGGAGCACCACUGCUGAAUCCAAGGACUAUGCCUUUCAUGGGAAUGAUGGUGUUCUUGAUAAGGAGGCGCUAUUGAAUGUGGAAAAUCACAGAAGAGCACAAGAAUUGAGUGCCACUGGCCAGAUAGGCGACUUGCCACCUGUAGCUGAUAGCUCUCCCUCCUUUUCAUUUUCUGGACGAGAAUCCUCAUUCAGUGAUGUGCCAAGGUCUCCCAAGCAGACCCGCAGGGUAUCCCUUUCUUCACCUAAGCAGCCAGCAUCACCUAGUCACUCACUUACUGACUCAUCAUUACAUGGUGAUUCCAGACCAAGCCCAGGGAAACCCAAACAUGAGUGGUUUCUACAGAAAGAUUCCGAAGGAGACACACCUUCACUUAUCAACUGGCCUUCCAGAGUAAAAGUUAGAGAGAAAUUGGUGAAAGAGGAAAGUGCUCGCAGCAGCCCUGAAUGUACCUCAGAUUCUUUACCUCAGAGGAAGCACCAGCCAGCCUCAGUCCAUUGCAUGUCUCUGCAGUCAGAAACAUCUGCUUUUGACAGGGUGACCAGCAAGCCAGUCACUUCCACCCGCCAGCCAAUCCAUGGCUACAUUCAGCGGGCUGGUCAUGCUUACACUGCUAAGCUGGUAGCCUCUGAAAAACUAGAGAGUUUCUCUGGUAGCAGCCAGGCGGAACCAGCCGCUCCUGACAUAACAAAAUGUCCCGUGCCGAGUGCUACAGAAGAGGGAGGAAAGGAUGAGAACAUUGAGCUUCAUAUCUAUGAGUCUGAUACCAAAGAAGAUACCUUUAGAACAGAAGCACUUGGGAAAAGCAGGAAAACCUACCUUGAGGCUCACGAGCAGGUGAAGAAUGGCGAAGACUCUUCUGGAAGUAGCAACCAAAGGAGGCCAACAGUUAGCUCAGCUAUCACAAGCAAGCAGAGAACCAAUGCCUUAGAACCUUGGCAGAACCUUGAGAGCCAAGCCCAACCAUCCGAAACCCAGGACCAGCCCCCUGAGCAAAUUGGAAGGAGUGAAACGGUCAUAUAUAUACAAAAUCCACCUGCUUCUGAGGCCACUCCCCCCAAACACCGCAAGCAGGAAGUCUCCACAAUGAAGCACAAACUCUUCACUCGAUCACUCUCUGAUCACACUGGUGACCCCAAACCAGAAAUCUUUAAAUGCAUGGAAACCGUUUCAAAGAAAGAGCCACAGUUUCAGCAUGCAGGAGAUGAGGCACAGCCUGGCGAAGUUGGCACAGUGGACACAAAAGUCUCUGUUGCCCAGCUCCGAAAUGCCUUUCUGGAGUCUACUAGUGCCAACAAGAAAUCUGAACUUCAAUCACGGGUUGAGCGGUCAACCACAGGGAUUGAUUUACCUACCAAAACGGAAUGGGAGAGAGGGUCCCGGAAGCCGAGACGGUAUUUUUCUCCUGGCGAAAGUAGAAAAACUUCUGAGAGAUUUAGAACUCAACCUAUAACUUCAGCAGAACGAAAGGAGAUGGAUAGAUCCACUUCAAAUUCAGAAAUGCCAACUGCUGAGGAUGAAGAAAAAUUGGAUGAACGCGCCAAGCUGAGUGUUGCUGCCAAAAGGCUUCUUUUCAGGGAAAUGGAAAAAUCAUUUGAUGAAAAAAAUAUUCCAAAGCCACGUUCCAGAAAUGCAGCCGUGGAGCGACGCCUGCGCCGUUUGCAGGACAGAUCUCACACACAACCCAUCACCACUGAGGAAGUGGUCAUUGCAGCAACUUUGCAGGCAUCGGCACACCAAAAGGCACUAGCUAGAGAGCAGGCAAAUGAGGCCAAAGAUUCUGCUGAACAAGGUGAACCUGAUUCCUCCACUCUGAGCUUAGCAGAGAAGCUGGCCUUGUUUAACAAAUUGUCUCAGCCGGUCUCAAAAGCGAUUUCUACCCGAAACAGAGUGGACACUAGGCAGAGGAGGAUGAAUUCUCGUUACCAAACUCAACCAGUCACACUUGGAGAAGUGGAACAGGUUCAAAAUGGAAAACUCACUCCCUUCUCCCCUACUAUUAACACAUCUGUGUCUACUGUGGCAUCAACAGUUGCUCCAAUGUGUGCAGGGGAUCUACGAGCUAAGCCAUCGGGGGAAGAAAAUGCAGGUGCUGCUGACUUUGCAUUCCAUUCAACGAUGGAAAAUGCAGACGCCCCAGUGAAGAGCAUCCUAAAGUCACAAGUGUGGCAACCUUUGGGAGAGGAUAUCAGAAGUCAUCGAGGAUCGAGGGAAUUUGGAGAGACGGAAGCUGAAAGAGUCCUAGCUCAAGAUGAGAGUGAGAUGAAGAAGAACAGGUCCUUUGAGGAAGAAGGGAGUUCCUGCUUCUUCCCAAAUAAAAGUGGGGAAAGGGACAACCAAAGAAAAUUUGCUCCAAGAAAAGGUAGCAUGGAGCACACUGACCUCCUAGUGCCAUGUCAUCAUGAAGAGCUUCGGGGGUUUUUGGUCUCCAAAAGCACUGGGCAGGGCAAACAGGACCUGAAGGAAAUGCAGUCCUUGGAAGAGAAGAUGGAUUUGGAGAAUGGCACAAGAAGCAGAUUCAUGCUAAGAGAGCCUGCUGAGCCCACGUCCGAACUCCUUGGCACGACAGCUAUGAAAACUGUUUCUCAGACCACAGCCCCGGUCUCCGGUAGACGAGAGUCUUUGGAACAAUCAGAGGAAAGACUCUCCAAGAAUCCAUGUAGGAUGUUUGCUGGUGGAGAGAGCAAAGUAUCAGAAGAUGCCCUUGAUGCAUCUAGCAAAACAAUGUCAAUCAAAGAAAGGUUGGCACUGUUGAAAAAGAGUGGAGAAGAAGACUGGAAAACCCGACUUAGCAAGAAGCAGGACUAUAGCAAAGUGUGUGUCACUGAGCGGAGCACCCGGCUGCUAGAUUCUGAGCAGUCGUUCAAGAAGAAGGUAAGUUGCCCAUUUACUGAUUUCAUUAUUGUGCAUUCUCCCUCCCCGACCCCUCCACCCAUGCAGCCCCUCGCAGUGGAUGACAGACAUGCUGCCCGUCGCCAGGCCACCAUAGUCGGCCGUUUCCUCCCGAUCCCUGUCUACUUGAACAAUUCAGGGCCCGCCCCUGCCCCACCAGGAGAAAGACCCCAACCAGUAAUUAGUUGCAAAGUGAAAAGGACUCAGCACAUGAAUAGUAUUAAAGGAAAUGGAGAGGGGUACAAGGUUACUUCAGGACACAUCGGCUGGGAAUGGAUUGAGGUGGCUCCAGGAGAAGGGCUAAGAUUUCUAGGUAGAUGGAGAAGAAUCGGGUUAUGUGAGGCAAAAGGAGUGGUGGGGGCCCAGAGACAAGGAAACCUGGACAGGAUAGCCAGGCUUUCUAUCCACGAGAGUUCUUAUGAGGACAAGGAGCUAACUGAUGGCACCUGUCUGGGCACUGGCUUGCUCCCUUGCCAGAUGAGCCCAGUGCAUUCAGAAGAAGCUGUGGCAGCAGCACUGGGGACGGUGUCUGCCCACUCGAAUUUCUCAGAAGUCGCCCUCGCCGGGUUAGCUAGUAAAGAAAAUUUCAGCAGUGUCAAUCUACGGAGUGUCAACCUAACAGAACAAAACUCCAACAACAGUGCUGUGCCUUACAAAAAACUGAUGUUGCUACAAAUUAAAGGAAGAAGAAAUGUGCAGACGAGAUUAGUGGAGCCACGAGCUUCAUCGCUGAAUGGUGGCGAUUGCUUUCUACUGUUAACUCCCCACUACUGCUUCCAGUGGGUAGGAGAGUUUGCAAAUGUCAUUGAGAAAGCUAAGGCAUCAGAGCUUGCAACUCUAAUUCAGACGAGGAGAGAACUCGGCUGUAGAGCUACUUAUAUUCAGACCAUAGAAGAAGGAAUAAAUACGCAUACCCAUGCAGCAAAAGACUUCUGGAAACUCCUGGGUGGCCAGACGAGUUACCAAUCUGCCGGAAAUCCAGAAGAAGAUGAAUUGUAUGAAACUGCCAUCACAGAAACUAAUUGUGUUUACCGCUUAGUGGAAGAUAAACUUGUUCCUGAUGACUACUACUGGGGCAAAAUACCAAAAUGUUCCCUUCUGCAGCCAAGAGAGGUCUUAGUGUUUGAUUUUGGCAGCGAAGUUUAUGUAUGGCAUGGAAAGGAAGUCACAUUAGCACAGAGAAAAAUAGCAUUCCAAUUGGCAAAACACUUGUGGAAUGGGACCUUCGACUAUGCCAAUUGUGACAUAAAUCCUUUAGACCCUGGAGAAUGCAAUCCUCGUAUACCCAGAAAAGGACAAGGGCGGCCUGAUUGGGCAAUAUUUGGAAGACUCACUGAGCACAAUGAGACUAUUCUCUUCAAAGAAAAAUUUCUUGAUUGGACUGAAAUGAAGAAGCCUUGUGAAAAGAACUCCAGUGAGCUCACCCCACAGAAGGAAGAGUCUAGGUCUGAGGUUAAGGCCUACGAUGUAAUGCUGAUGGUGCCGGUGCCCCAAGUGACUGUCGGCACCAUCUUGGAUGGAGUCAAUAUUGGCCGUGGCUACGGACUUAUUGAAGGGGAUGACCAGAGGCAAUUUGAGAUUGCUAGUGUUUCUGUGGACGUUUGGCACAUCUUGGAAUUUGACUACAGUAGGCUCCCCAAACAGAGCAUUGGGCAGUUCCAUGAGGGAGACACGUAUGUGGUGAAAUGGAAGUACAUGGUGAGCACUGCAGUUGGGAGUCGGCAGAAGGGUGAGCACGCAGUCAGGACAGCUGGCAAGGAGAAGUGUGUCUACUUUUUCUGGCAGGGCAGACAUUCGACCGUGAGUGAGAAAGGCACGUCGGCGCUGAUGACUGUGGAGCUGGAUGAAGAGAGGGGGGCCCAGGUUCAAGUGCUUCAGGGAAAGGAGCCUCCAUGUUUUCUGCAAUGCUUCCAAGGAGGAAUGGUUGUACACGCAGGGAAGCGAGAAGAAGAAGAAGAAAAUGCACAAAGUGACUGGAGAUUGUACUGUGUUCGAGGAGAAGUUCCCAUUGAAGGGAAUUUACUUGAAGUUGCCUGCCACUGUAGCAGCCUGAGAUCCAGGACUUCCAUGAUUGUUCUCAGUGUCAAUAAAGCCCUCAUGUACCUUUGGCAUGGGUGCAAAGCGCAGGCCCACACGAAGGAUGUUGGGAGGAAUGCCGCAAAUAAAAUCAAAGAGCAAUGUCCACUGGAAGCUGGAUUGCAUAGUAGCAGCAAGGUGACUAUACAUGAGUGUGAUGAAGGGUCAGAGCCAUUGGGAUUCUGGGAUGCAUUAGGAAGGAAAGAUCGGAAGGCAUACGACUGCAUGCUACAAGAUCCUGGAAAGUUUAAUUUCACGCCCCGGCUGUUCAUCCUCAGUAGUUCAUCUGGAGAUUUCUCAGCCACCGAAUUCAUGUAUCCUGCCCGAGAUCCUUCUGUGGUCAAUUCCAUGCCCUUCUUACAAGAAGACCUGUACAGUGCCCCACAACCAGCACUUUUCCUUGUUGACAACCACCAUGAAGUAUACCUCUGGCAAGGGUGGUGGCCAAUGGAGAACAAGAUAACAGGCUCGGCCAGGAUUCGCUGGGCCAACGACCGAAAGUGUGCGAUGGAGACGGUGCUUCGGUACUGCAAAGGAAAAAAUGUCAAGAAACCCCCCAAGUCCUACCUUCUCCAUGCUGGUUUAGAACCUCUGACCUUCACCAAUAUGUUUCCCAGUUGGGAACAUAGAGAAGACAUUGCUGAAAUCACAGAAAUGGAUACCGAAGUUUCUAAUCAGAUAAUCCUCGUGGAAGACGUGUUAGCCAAGCUUUGUAAAACCGUUUAUCCACUGGCUGAUCUCUUGGCCAGACCUCUCCCUGAAGGAGUUGACCCUCUGAAGCUUGAACUGUACCUUACAGAUGAAGAUUUUGAAGUUGCACUAGACAUGACCAGAGAAGAAUAUAGCAUGCUGCCAUCUUGGAAACAGGUGAACCUUAAAAAAGCGAAAGGGCUUUUCUGAGCUUCGAUGCUGCCAAUGGAAGAUGAGGCCGGAGAAAUCUCUGUUGUCACUUCAUGUACCAUUGGGCCAAGAAGAUGGACAUCUAUUUGGACUGGUCUUCAAAUUUUUAAAAUCAAAGUAGAAACGAUUUGAAGUUAUUAGAUACUGCCUGAGCUGGAGUUGUGUAAUUUUGUAAAUGUGUAAGAGAACUCGCUGGAAACUUUCUCCCCCUGUUACUCAGAGGGUACUUCCUAUUUGUAAACUUGGGUCUCCUGUGCACUUGGAGCAGUAGCCCCUCACAGCUGCUGCCGAGCCUUCCUCUGGCUCUCUCCAGCCUCUGCCUAUUCAUUUUUGAAGACGCUCUCUUUGUAAAGUGUUAUUUUGUUAGCUUGUGGAUUAUUAAAAAAAUUAUAUUUAUAUAAACACCGUAUAGUUCAAGUAUGUGUUUAACAAAGCAAUAUGUAUUCACUUUAAAAAAAAAUUUUUUUUGGUGUCAAAACAAUACCAAGAAGUAGAUGGAGUUGCUUCUACUGAAUUAUCUAUCCCACCAGUAUAUGUAUCUUAUACACGUUCUGAAACGUUUCCUUUGGCAAUGGGCAAGGAGCUGUUCUAAUGACCGCUGCCAGGGCUAAAAGGAACAAAACCUUUGUACUUAUGGCUGGGGUCUCUUGAGAAACUCUGCCACCUUCAUACCUUAACAUCCAAAACAAACAACAAAUGUAUAGUGCCUUGUUUUGUGUACAGUUUAUAUACAGAAAAGUUUGGGUCUGCCUUUUUGAAGAUGGUUUGGAACAGUAUCUACAAUUUUACUUUACAAUGAUAGAAGUUAAAAAAAAAAACAUCUCAAUUUAUAAUACUUGUAAACACGUCUUUUUGUGAUAUAAGAUUCCAAAGUAAGAGCUUCAAAAUAAAACUUUGGCAAUGA